UACCAUGUUGCCCAGCAUGGUCUCCAUCUCCCGACCUCGUGAUCCACCUGCCUCGGCCUCCCAAAGUGUUGGGAUUACAGGCGUGAGCCACCGCACCUGGCCACAGAGCUAUUUUUAUAUGUGGUCUAUCUGCUGUCCCUUUGUAUAUGAGUUGCUGAGGAUGACAUGUUCUAGGGAGAACGGGAGGGCAGGGCUGCAGUUUCCCUUGGAGAGAGCUUGGGAAAUUGCUCUAGCCUCAGAAAUUCAUAGACUUACUGUAGUGGCUCAUGUAUUUCAUCACAUGUUCCAACACCAAACACAGGGACUUUGUAUUAAGCUUUGUCUGUGGGCCCCAUUGGUAUUCCUGGUCCCAGAUCUGCCAAGCAAGAGAGCUUCAAAUUAGGGCUGGCCUUACUAUCUUUUUUUUUCUUCUCCAGCUCAGCCUGACGCCCAGGAUCCCACCCCUUGUCAAAGACCAGGCCGUGGAAGCCAUGUUCCCACCAGCCAGGGGGAAGGAGCUGCUCUCGUUUGAGGAUGUGGCGAUGUACUUCACCAGAGAGGAGUGGGGCCACCUCGACUGGGGUCAGAAGGACCUCUACCGAGAUGUGAUGCUGGAGAACUACAGGAACAUGGUCUUGCUGGGAUUUCAGUUUCCCAAACCUGAGGUGAUCUGUCAGCUGGAGAACUGGGACGAGCAGUGGAUCCUGGAUCUACCGAGAGCUGGGAGUAGGAAGGCUUCCGGUAGUGCUUGCCCAGGUUCUGAAGCCAGACACAAGAUGAAAAAGCUAACUCCAAAACAGAAGUUUUCUGAAGAUUUAGAGUCAUAUAAGGUAUCAGUGGUAAUGCAGGAAUCGGCUGAGAAACUUUCAGAAAAGUUACAUAAGUGUAAAGAAUUUGUGGACAGUUGCAGGCUUACUUUCCCUACUAGUGGCGAUGAAUACAGCAGGGGCUUCCUUCAAAACCUUAACCUUAUUCAAGAUGAGAAUGUGCAAACCAGGUGGAAGCAGGGCAGAUAUGAUGAGGAUGACAAACCCCUCAAUCAAAGAUCUUUUCUUUUGGGGCACGAGCAAAUUCUCACAAGAGCAAAGUCUUACGAAUGCAGUGAAUGUGGAAAAGUCAUUAGGCGUAAGGCAUGGUUUGAUCAACAUCAAAGAAUUCAUUUCUUAGAGAAUCCCUUUGAAUGUAAGGUAUGUGGGCAAGCCUUCAGACAGCGGUCAGCUCUUACGGUCCACAAACAGUGUCACCUGCAAAACAAGCCAUACAGAUGUCAUGACUGUGGAAAGUGUUUUCGGCAGCUCGCGUAUCUUGUUGAACAUAAGAGGAUUCAUACCAAAGAAAAACCCUAUAAAUGUAGCGAAUGUGAAAAAACCUUUAGUCAGAAUUCAACCCUUAUUCGACAUCAGGUGAUCCACAGUGGAGAAAAACGCCAUAAAUGCCUUGAGUGUGGAAAAGCCUUUGGCCGGCAUUCAACCCUUCUAUGUCAUCAACAGAUACACAGCAAACCGAACACCCAUAAAUGCAGUGAAUGUGGACAGUCCUUUGGUCGGAAUGUGGAUCUCAUUCAGCAUCAAAGAAUCCAUACAAAGGAGGAAUUCUUUCAAUGUGGAGAAUGUGGGAAAACGUUUAGUUUUAAGAGGAAUCUUUUUCGACAUCAGGUCAUUCACACCGGAAGCCAACCCUACCAAUGUGUCAUAUGUGGAAAAUCUUUCAAGUGGCACACAAGCUUUAUUAAGCACCAGGGCACUCACAAAGGACAGAUAUCCACGUGAUAUUAACUGGAAGGCAGUCACUGAAGGACUAGAACUUAACCUCUACUUCAAGUGUGUAUCACAUGAUUGUUUUCAUGAAAAGCAAUAAAUGUAACAGAGGGUUUUUCUA